AGAGAAACUUGCCGAAAUAAAAAAAAGAUCAUUUCAAAGAAUAGCAGCAGCAUCAAAAACAAGACCACAAAAAAAAAUACCGCACUGGAAAAUAGGAACCAGAGAUACUCAGCGAGGGAAAGACAGACGCAGGAUUUUGCUGUCUUAAGGUCAGUCAGGAUGCCCACUAACGGCAUAAACAAAGCCCUGAAGCUGCAGUUCGGGCUCAUCAACCACGAGAGCCGGUACCUGACGGCGGAGGCCUUCGGCUUCAAGGUGAACGCCUCGGCGCCCAGCAUGAAGAAGAAGCAGAUCUGGACGCUGGAGCAGGACGAGCAGGACGGCCAGGCGGUGUACCUGCGCAGCCACCUGGGCCGCUACCUGUCCUCCGACAAGGACGGCAAGGUGAGCUGCGAGGCGGAGGAGCCAGACGCGGGCUGCCGCUUCCUGAUCGCGGCGCAGUCGGACGGCCGCUGGGCGCUGCAGUCCGAGCUGCACCAGCGCUACUUCGGCGGAGCGGAAGACCGGCUGUCCUGCUUCUCCCAGGCCAUCGGCGAGACCGAGCUGUGGGCCGUCCACCUGGCCCUGCACCCGCAGGCCAACCUGCUGAGCGUCAGCCGCAAGCGCUACGCCCACCUGUCGCCCCAGGAGGGCGAGAUCUCCGUCGACAGCAACAUCCCGUGGGGCGUGGUCUCCCUGCUCACGCUGGUCUACCUGGAGGGGAAGUACUGCCUGAAGACCUGCGACAGCCGCUUCCUCAACCACAACGGCAAGCUGGUGCGGGAGAACGGGCGGGGCACUGGCUACACCCUGGAGCUCAAGUCCGGCAAGCUGGCCUUUAAGGACUGUGAGGGGCGCUACCUGUCCCCGUCCGGCCCCACGGGCACGCUGCGGUCCGGACGCUGCUCCAAGCCCGGCAAGGACGAGCUCUUCGACCUGGAGGAAAGCCACCCGCAGGUGGUCUUCCAGGCUGCCAACAACAGAUUCGUCUCUGUCCGGCAAGGGGUGAGCAUCUCGGCCAAUCAGGACAACGAGACCGACAUGGAGACCUUCCAGAUGGAGAUCGACAAGGAGACCAAGAAGUGCAUGUUCAGGACCAACGGGGGGACCUACUGGACCCUGGUCUCCCACGGAGGCAUUGAGUCGUCGGCCACAGAAGUGGCCGCCAACACCAUGUUUGAUAUCGAGUGGUUGGGGCACAGGGUGGCCCUCAGAGCCAGCAACGGCAAGUACAUCUGCACCAAGAAGAACGGGCAGCUGGCAGCCAUCAGUGAUGCAGUGGGGGAGGAUGAGCAGUUCUUGCUGAAGCUGAUAAACCGGCCCAUUCUGAUCCUCCGAGGGGAGAAUGGCUUCGUGUGCCGCCAUAAGAGCUCCAACACGCUGGACGCCAACCGCUCCGUCUACGACAUCUUCACCCUGCUUUUCAACGACGGUGCCUACCACAUCACAGGCUCCGGAGGGAAGUUCUGGUACGUCUCCAGCAACGGCCUGGUGUGCUGGGACGGGGACACACCCGAGGACUUCUUCCUAGAGUUCCUGGAGCACGGGCGUGUGGGCAUCAAAGGCAAGAAUGGCAAGUACCUGCGAGGGGACCAGGGAGGGACCCUGAAGGGCGACGCCUCCAGCGUGGACGCCUCCUCCCUCUGGGAGUACUGACCCCCACUGGACCUUCAGGGAGGGGGGACAGGGGGUCCCCCACGCAAGCGACUGAGGCGAUGAAAAAACCCGAACUGACUUGGGGGAGGGGGGGGUGGUCUCACCCGCGCUUGUAGCUCCAAGGAUCACAACAUUAUCAGAUACUUUUUUUUUUUUUGCUGUUCUUAUAUAGGAAACAAAAGGUAUGGAAGUCGAGGAAAAAGUGUUUGUGUAUGUGAGUAUGCUUGUGUUUUUUUUUUUUUUGAAUCAAUCAGCGGUUGAUUUUAGUGUCCAGGUUCAACAUCAGUCACAUUUAUGGCACUUGUAGAAUAUUUCAGAGAAUAUUUUUCGGCUUCAAUAUACAAAUUCACAGCUGCAUGCAGUGAUGUUCUAACAGCCAUUUUAACUCAGUCUAUAAACCACCAUAUGCAUAAGGCCAAGGCUAUCGGUCACCCAGGCUGACACACUUUAGUUUAAGGGCCUGCUUAUAGUCUUGGAGAACAGUGCAUGUGAACAUUGGCACUCAUUUAUUAAGUAUUACUUUUUACAUCAAUGUUGAAUUUAAUAUUUACUUAAAACUCUUAACAUAUGAGGGAUAGUAUAUGGCAGGUAAUCAUGCCAUGCUAACAAUGUGUCAGUUUACUUAUUCACUACUUGCUCAGUAUCAGUGUUCUAACUCCUUUUAGAAAAGGUGAUGCUUAAUGAAUAUGUACUAAUGCAUUUAGUAACUGUUAAUGGCAUGAGUCUUAAAAAGCAUUGUGGCUCCGUUUUACCACUGAUCUCCUUCCAAAGCCGAAAAGUAUUUGUCAAAUAUGUUGACUUGUCAUCAAGAGGGAAUUCUGUUUUUUCAGGUUUGUACAUGGAUAUGUUACUUACACAAUCAGUGAACAGAUAAACGUAUGUUAUGGUUUUUAAAAAAAGCCAUCCCGACAGGAAAAAAAAAGACAAACAGCUCUGUGUGGAAUCAGCCAGCUCCGUAUUCGAUCAGCUGGGGAAUAACCCCACCGCUGAGACACAAAGGUGUCCAGUUUCUAAAAUGAGGGAAGAGGAAGAGGCCAAAGACUGUGGCGGUGGGAGAUGCCACAGCAAAGUACAACUGAAGGCAAAGCUUUUCAGCGGAAGGUGUUUUGCAUGAAUCAGCAUGUUAGAUAGGCAUCAGUGCUCACCCUGCAGUGUUAUGGUGGACAACUGAUGGUUGUAAAAUAAUAGCAGCUUUUUUUCCCCCAAAAAAACUACUAAUAGGUACUGCUGUGUCCUGCCAAGGGGCCUUAAACGAAUCCCGUGCGAUGCCCAGCGAUCAGCCCUGUCUCCUUGGUCCCCCGUCUGCCCCCCUCAUGUCAGUACCUUUGCCAAUCCUAACAUAGCCAAAUGGCACGAGAGGCAGUUUCUAAUCAGAGCUGAUAGGUUGUCACAAUCAGUGUUUUCUUUCACCACACUUGUAGUAAGCAGUACAUUUUUAGGAGGGACUAUCUUGUUGCCAUUGACGCAAAACCUUGCUCUUGCCGUUCUCUGUCGGACUGAGACAAGCUCGCUGUGGCUGUAGUGUAGUACCCACGUGCCAUCAGUACCUUAACGGCACAACUUCAAAGCCACAACGAUGUAUGUUUGUUCCUUUUUUUUCUGAAAUGACUAACAAGUAACAAUAAAAUAAUCAGC